AUGACGCAUCCCUUUAAGAGCUCGAUUAGUAAUGCAUUUGCAAUGUAUUCUUCUCCCCGUGAUCUUUAUAGGGCUCUUCUUACCCCUGUACAUCGUCAGUUGAGAUUUCAUGACGACAACAAUUUUGUGGAACGAACCCAUUCUAUUUUCCUUUUUGGACGUUAUUCAACAGCUUUUAAUCUCAGCAACUUUCAUUACAAAUUACUCAAAGUCUUGGACUUGAGAUGCAUGCAUAUUUAUAGUUUCCCUGAACAGAUAGUAAGCCUCAUUUGGUUGACGUACCUAGCAUUGUCCUUCGUAUGGGAAUUUCACAUACCUCGAGCAAUUUACAGGUUAUGGAAUCUGCAGACAUUCAUAGCUGAAGGGUCUAAUUUUGCAAUUGGAUAUUUUCAUGAAGAAAUUUGGGGACUAAUGCAAUUAAGGCAUCUGGAACUGCGAAGAUUUUAUCUUCCAAAUCUCCCAGACGGAUCUGUUAACAAAGGGAGACUCUUGGAUUUUCCAAAUAUACAAACUAUUUCUUACUUGUCUCCACGUUAUUGCACGAAGGAGGUUAUUUUGGGGAUUCAGAAUGCUAAAAAACUAGGAAUCGGAGGAGAUGUGGAUGACUUCAAAAGUAUUCAGGACUCUGGGCUUCUCAACAAUCUCGUCCAUCUGCAGCAACUUGAAACAUUGAGUUUAAAAUUAAUUUUUUGCCCGAUGAGUGUAAGAAUUUCACUAGGGACCAUUCCAAGUGCAAAAGCUUUUCCAGCAACGCUCAAGAAGUUGAAGUUGGAUGGAACUUGGCUAAGUUGGUCGUGCUUGGACAUCAUAGCUGAGUUGCCUAACCUUGAGGUGCUGAAGCUGAUGAAUGCUGCUUGUUGUGGCGAAGAAUGGCAUCCAAAUGUCAGGGGAUUUACUCGAUUGAAGCUUUUGCACAUCAUCCAACAUGAUCUCAAAUACUGGGAAGCCACACAUGACAAUUUUCCUGUCCUUGAACGCCUCAUGCUUAGCGGUUUCAGGUAUUUAAAAGAGAUACCCAUUGAGUUUGCAGAAAUCAACACACUACAACAGAUUGUGUUAAGAGGGUGUCUUCCCGAACUUGGGGAAUCUGCUGCACGAAUUCAAAAAGAACAAGAUGACCUCGGAAACAAACCCGUAGAUGUUCAUUUCUCUGAUCGAU